ACACAAUUUAUCAAAUUAUAGCUAUACUCAUCAUCUUCUCUAGCUUCACUAAAAAAUAUGGCACAUUCUCCUAAUUCUUAUAUUGCAUUGGUUUUGGUCUUCCUUCUUAUAGGGACCUCUUCAGCUCAACUUUCUGAGAACUUUUAUUCUAAGAAAUGUCCUAAAGUUUUUAAAACAGUGCAGUCUGUUGUUAAAACAGCGGUUGCCAAAGAAAAUCGCAUCGGAGCAUCUCUCCUUCGCCUCCACUUCCACGACUGCUUUGUUGAUGGUUGUGAUGGGUCAAUACUACUUGAUGACACUUCAUCCUUCAAAGGAGAAAAAACUGCAGGUCCUAACAACAAUUCUGUGAGAGGUUAUGAAGUAAUUGAUGCUAUAAAAUCUAAGGUGGAAGCAAUAUGCCCCGGUGUUGUCUCAUGUGCUGAUAUAGUGGCCAUUACUGCUCGUGAUUCUGUUGUGAUUCUUGGAGGUCCAUUUUGGAAGGUAAAAGUUGGGAGAAGAGAUUCAAAGACAGCUAAUUUCACUGCUGCAAACACUGGGGUGAUUCCAGCUCCUACAUCUAACCUAACUACCCUUAUCUCAACUUUUAAAGCUCAAGGACUUUCUGUCAAGGACAUGGUUGCUUUAUCUGGAGCUCACACAAUAGGGAGAGCAAGGUGUACAAGUUUCAGAGGCCACAUAUACAACGAUAGCAACAUUGACAGUACAUUUGCAAAGAUAAGGCAAAAGAACUGCCCUAGAACAACUGGCUCAGGAGACAACAAUCUAGCAAAUCUAGACUUGAGAACUCCAACUCAUUUUGACAACAAUUACUACAAGAAUCUCAUUAUCAAAAGAGGACUACUUCAUUCUGAUCAAGUACUCUUCAAUGGUGGAACCACUGAUUCACUUGUUAAAACUUAUAGCCAGAAUGGAAAGGUUUUUGAUUCUGAUUUUGUAGCUGCAAUGAUUAAGAUGGGAGAUAAUAAGCCUUUAACUGGGAAACAAGGGGAGAUUAGGAAGAAUUGUAGGAGGUUGAAUUAGAAGGGAUAAGUGAUUUUAUAUGUUACAAAAAUUAUGUAUUUUUGUUCAGUUCUUCAAUUUAAAAUAUAGUGGUAUAAUCAUGUUAUGUUAUGAAAUAAAUUAUCAUCACAAGGGUUGAUGUAUUAUGGAUAUGUAUAAAGUGGAAGGCACCUUGAUUUGCUUUUGCAAAAUUGUAAGUUCACUUAAACCUAAAAGUUUGAUCAGUGUGUGACUAAAGAUUUGAAGUGUUUAUAACA